AUCGUGCACUGUGCAGUGCACUCAUUCAGCCGGUAACACUGGAUCGCUGCACGAUCUUGCGUUUUGUGUUGUCGGUCGACCAAGCAAAGUAGCCAACCACGCCAUAGCCACGUAGGGAGAAAGAGAAAGAGAGAGAGAGAGAGAGAAAGAGAGAGCGUGUCGAAAGUCACCCCGCGUUUUACCCCCGAUGGCUUCUGCGUCGUGUCGACUCCGCCGUCGCGUCGCGUGACGUCGCGCCGCCGUCUUUUAAUAGUCCGCCGCCUCUCCGCGACCGGUUCGCCCGUAUGAUACGGCACGAUACGUCUACACACGUAUAUACGUACGUCGCAGCCAGCUCGCUCGUCGGGGGACGCGCCCUCGUUCGACCUUGAGCGGCUAUAACCGGUGCGUAACGUAUUCGAUGUGCGGAGCAUCGUCGCUGCUGAUCGCGACAACCAGCCGACCACCGCGAGCCGACGCCGCAACUCCGCCGCAGGCCCCGCGGUGCUCGUUUUACUCUGUUUACCUCCACCAGCUCGGCGCCUACUCCGCUCAGCGACGCGGGAGAGCCUCGGCGGCGAAAUGGCGAAGAAGACGUACGAUCUGCUGUUCAAGCUGCUGCUCAUCGGCGACUCCGGCGUCGGCAAGACCUGCAUACUGUUCCGCUUCUCGGACGAUGCCUUCUCCACCACGUUCAUCUCUACGAUAGGUAUCGAUUUUAAAAUCAAGACAGUGGAAUUAAGAGGAAAGAAAAUCAAACUACAGAUAUGGGACACAGCCGGGCAAGAGAGAUUUCACACUAUUACAACAUCGUAUUACAGAGGGGCUAUGGGGAUUAUGCUUGUUUAUGAUAUUACUAACGAAAAGACAUUUGAAAAUAUUGUGAAGUGGUUGAGGAAUAUCGACGAACAUGCAAAUGAAGACGUGGAGAAAAUGAUAUUAGGAAAUAAGAGUGAUAUGGAGGAGAAACGCGUUGUCAGUACGGAGAAGGGAGAGGCGAUAGCGAGAGAACAUGGCAUUAGAUUUAUGGAGACAUCCGCGAAAGCGAACAUCAAUAUCGACCGUGCAUUUAGCGAGCUAGCAGAAGCAAUACUGGACAAAACUCACGGAAAGGAACCUCAAGAUGCGCCUGACAGAGUGACAGUCGAUCGAAGGGUAGAGAGAAGUUCGAAUCGGUGCUGCUAAUUUUAUAUAUUAUUUAUUUUAACGGCGCAUAACGAACGAUAUAUCAGCUCGUGCCACCUGGGAUAGAUCCCUCGAUAUAGAUUUAGAGCGUAAUUUAAAGCAUAAUAACAUAAACACUUCACGGACACUGCCUGAUAUAAUCCAAUCUCACUUUUGCUCUGACGAAAAGGAAAACAUUUUUCUAUGCUGCAAUCGAAACGAAGAUAUUGCUAACGAAAAAUUACGUGAUCGAUUCAAUAUUAAAAAAAUUAGGUUCUUUAACUCCACACCUAUAUAUAAAUGUUAAUAAGUUUAUGGCAAAUAACGCGCGCGCAGUUUUAUGCAUAUGUAAUUGUGUAUCUACGACUGUACGUGUGGUAUAUAAACAAAAUCUCAUAAUUUAUACGGAUGGUAAGAGAAAUUAAAGACAUAGAUUUCACUGAUGGAACCUUCAUGUGUCAUGUAAAACAUCGUAUCGUUGCACGAACAAAAACAAUUAGGACGUAUUGUUUGUUACGAGGCUGCAAUUUGUUACCAUAUUGAGUGGUGUGAGUAUGAGUGUGUCGGCUUCUAAUCUUGAUAAUCUUUUUGGACAUUGGACGCUUUCCUACGUGAAAUAAUCGCACCACACAUGCUUAUUUGUACGUUAAUUAAGUUAGGGAGAACUUAAAACCAAAAGCUUCUACCGUUUUUUGUGUACGGCCGAUUUACUACAAAUAUAAAUAUUCGCAAUUUCGAA